AGGAGGAGGAGAAGGAGGAGGAGGAGGAGGCUGUAUCCCUGCGCCUGUGCGCGCCCGGAGGAGCCGCGGGGAGCGCUCGGGCUCGGGCUCGGGGGGUGGAUGGCGAACGGCCGCGGCCAGGCGGCGGCCGGCAUGGGGGAGAGCGGCUGCGCGGCGGGGCGAGCGGCCUGCUAGGGGGUGCCUCGCUGCCCCGGCCUUCCUCCUUCUCUUCUUCCUCCUCCUCCUCCUCCUCUCCCCGCCGGCCGGGAAGCAUGAACAGGCAGCGGGGGUGCUGCUCCUCGCCGCCGCCCCGCCGGUGAGAGCGCGGAGCGAGGGAAGAUGGGGGCCGUCCUGCGCAGCCUGCUUGCCUGCAGUUUUUGUUCCCUGAUGAGAGCUGCCCCGUUGUUGCUGUACGCAAACCGACGUGACCUGCGGCUGGUGGAUGCUGCACACGGGAAGGAGAACGCCACUGUGAUCGUGGGCGGCCUAGAGGACGCAGCAGCAGUGGACUUCGUGUUUGUGAAGGGGCUGAUAUACUGGAGUGAUGUAAGUGAAGAAGCCAUUAAACGAACAGAGUUCAAUAAGUCUGGGAGUGUACAAAAUGUGGUAAUCUCUGGACUUUUGUCACCUGAUGGGCUGGCAUGUGACUGGCUGGGAGAGAAAUUAUACUGGACGGAUUCUGAAACAAAUCGGAUUGAAGUUUCCAAUUUAGACGGAUCACUGAGGAAAGUUUUGUUUUGGCAAGAAUUGGAUCAACCCAGAGCAAUUGCCUUAGAUCCUGCAAGAGGAUUCAUGUACUGGACAGACUGGGGAGAAGUGCCAAAGAUAGAACGUGCUGGGAUGGAUGGUUCAAGCCGCUCCGUUAUAGUCAACACGGACAUUUAUUGGCCAAAUGGAUUGACGUUGGAUUAUGAGGAACAGAAACUUUAUUGGGCAGAUGCUAAACUGAAUUUCAUCCACAAAUCAAAUCUCGAUGGAAGUCAUCGGCAAGCGGUGGUUAAAGGCUCCCUUCCACAUCCUUUUGCUUUGACGCUGUUUGGGGACAUGUUGUACUGGACGGACUGGAACACACAUUCAAUCUUGGCCUGCAGCAAGUACUCUGGGGAGGACCUGCGUGAAAUACAUUCCAACAUCUUCUCUCCCAUGGAUAUCCAUGCUUUCAGCCAAAAGAGGCAGCCAAAUGCUACAAACCCAUGUGGAAUUAAUAAUGGUGGCUGCUCCCACUUGUGUUUGAUGUCUCCUACCAAGCCCUCUUAUCAGUGUGCAUGUCCCACUGGUGUGAAACUUCUUGAGAAUGGAAAGACCUGCAAAGAUGGUGCCACUGAAUUGCUGCUUCUAGCCCGCCGGACAGAUUUGAGGCGGAUUUCAUUAGACACCCCAGAUUUUACUGACAUCGUUUUACCACUAGAGGACAUCCGUCAUGCCAUCGCCAUUGACUUUGAUCCUCUGGAAGGGUACAUCUAUUGGACCGAUGAUGAAGUUAGAGCCAUUCGCCGCUCACUUAUCGAUGGGUCAGGUAGCCAGUUUGUUGUCACAGCACAGAUUGCUCAUCCUGAUGGCAUUGCUGUGGACUGGGUUGCCCGAAAUCUAUAUUGGACUGACACUGGCACAGACCGUAUUGAAGUUACAAGGCUUAAUGGGACCAUGAGAAAAAUCUUGAUAUCAGAAGACCUGGAAGAACCCAGAGCUAUUGUGCUGGAUCCUAUGGUUGGGUACAUGUACUGGACCGACUGGGGAGAAAUCCCAAAGAUCGAGAGGGCAGCAUUAGAUGGCUCAGACAGGAUUGUGCUGGUAAACACCUCACUUGGCUGGCCAAAUGGACUGGCACUGGAUUAUGAAGAAAGCAAAAUAUACUGGGGAGAUGCCAAAACAGACAAAAUAGAGGUCAUGAAUGCUGAUGGAACUGGGAGAAGAGUUCUGGUGGAGGACAAGCUGCCUCAUAUCUUUGGAUUCACGUUGCUGGGAGACUAUGUUUAUUGGACAGACUGGCAAAGACGCAGUAUUGAACGCGUGCAUAAAAGAACAGCAGAAAGAGAGAUCAUCAUAGAUCAACUGCCUGAUCUAAUGGGCCUCAAAGCUACAAAUGUCCUCCAGAUAAUUGGUACAAACCCAUGUGCAGAGGAUAAUGGCGGUUGCAGCCAUCUUUGUCUGUACAGACCACAAGGCCUUCGCUGCGCUUGCCCCAUAGGCUUGGAGCUCAUCAAUGAUAUGAAGACCUGCAUUGUCCCAGAGGCUUUCCUGCUGUUUUCCCGGAGAGCAGACAUCAGACGAAUCUCUUUAGAAACGAACAACAACAAUGUUGCUAUUCCACUCACUGGAGUUAAGGAAGCUUCUGCUCUAGAUUUUGAUGUGACAGAUAAUCGAAUAUACUGGACUGACAUUUCAUUGAAGACCAUCAGCAGGGCAUUUAUGAAUGGCAGUGCACUGGAACAUGUUGUAGAGUUUGGCUUGGAUUACCCUGAAGGCAUGGCUGUAGAUUGGCUGGGAAAGAACUUGUAUUGGGCUGAUACUGGAACAAAUCGCAUAGAAGUGUCAAAGCUGGAUGGACAGCAUCGACAAGUGUUGGUGUGGAAAGAUCUUGACAGUCCCCGGGCACUGGCAUUGGACCCUGCUGAGGGGUUUAUGUACUGGACUGAAUGGGGUGGUAAGCCGAAGAUUGAUAGAGCUGCUAUGGAUGGCAGUGAGCGGACUACUCUUGUACCGAAUGUGGGACGUGCUAACGGCCUAACUAUUGAUUAUGCUAAAAGACGACUGUACUGGACUGACCUCGAUACCAACCUGAUAGAAUCCUCCAACAUGCUAGGCCUUGACCGUGAGAUUAUAGCUGAUGACCUGCCUCACCCAUUUGGCCUGACUCAGUAUCAGGAUUACAUUUACUGGACAGACUGGAGCCGGCGUAGCAUUGAACGAGCCAACAAGACCAGUGGCCAGAACAGAACUAUCAUCCAAGGGCAUUUGGAUUAUGUUAUGGACAUCUUGGUCUUCCAUUCCUCCAGGCAGGCAGGCUGGAAUGAGUGUGCCUCUAGUAAUGGUCACUGCUCUCAUCUCUGCUUAGCAGUCCCUGUCGGUGGUUUUGUCUGUGGGUGCCCAGCUCACUACUCCUUGAACGCUGACAACAGGACUUGUAGUGCUCCUACAACCUUUCUUUUGUUCAGUCAGAAGAAUGCAAUUAAUCGCAUGGUGAUAGAUGAACAGCAGAGCCCAGAUAUCAUACUCCCUAUACAUAGUCUCAGAAAUGUUCGAGCCAUCGACUACGACCCCCUGGAUAAACAGCUGUAUUGGAUUGAUUCUCGGCAGAACAUCAUUAGGAAGGCACAGGAAGAUGGCAGCCAGAGCCUCACUGUUGUGACAAGUCCAGUUCCCAACCAGAACUUAGACAUGCAGCCUUAUGACCUGAGCAUUGACAUCUACAGCCGCUAUAUCUACUGGACCUGUGAAGCUACUAAUGUGAUCAAUGUGACACGCCUGGAUGGGAGACCCAUGGGAGUGGUGCUCAAAGGAGAUCAAGACCGGCCCAGAGCCAUUGUGGUGAAUCCAGAGAAAGGAUACAUGUAUUUCACCAACCUACAGGAAAGGUCUCCUAAAAUUGAGAGAGCAGCAUUGGAUGGAACUGAACGAGAGGUCCUUUUUUUCAGCGGUUUGAGCAAGCCCAUAGCCUUAGCUAUUGACAGCCAGCUAGGCAAGUUGUUCUGGGCUGAUUCAGACCUGCGAAGAAUUGAAAGCAGUGACCUUUCAGGUGCUAACCGAAUUGUUUUGGAAGACUCUAAUAUCUUGCAACCUGUGGGACUAACUGUAUUUGAAAACUGGCUGUAUUGGAUUGACAGGCAACAGCAGAUGAUUGAAAAGAUUGAUAUGACUGGUCGAGAAGGACGUACAAAGGUCCAAGCUCGUAUUGCACAACUUAGUGACAUUCAUGCUGUGAAAGAGCUUAACAUUCAGGAAUACAGACAACACCCUUGUUCUCAAGAUAAUGGUGGUUGCUCACACAUUUGCAUUGUGAAGGGCGACGGCACCACGCGCUGCUCUUGCCCAGUCCACCUUGUUCUGCUGCAGGAUGAGCUGUCCUGCGGAGAACCACCAACUUGCUCCCCUCAGCAGUUCACCUGUUUCACAGGUGAGAUUGACUGCAUCCCAGUGGCCUGGCGCUGUGAUGGUUUCACUGAAUGUGAGGACCACAGUGAUGAAAAAAACUGUCCGGUGUGCUCGGACACCCAGUUCCAGUGUGAAAGCGGACAGUGCAUAGACAGUGCCCUCCGGUGCAAUGGAGAAGCAAAUUGUCAAGACAACUCAGAUGAGAAAAACUGUGAAGUGCUUUGUUUAACUGAUCAGUUCCGCUGUGCCAGUGGGCAGUGCAUUGGUAAAAGCAAGAAAUGUGAUCACAACCUGGACUGUAGUGACAGCUCGGAUGAACAAGGAUGCUACACGACAGAGGAGCCUGCUCCACAGCCCAACAACACGAUAGGCUCCAUCAUUGGUGUGAUCCUCACAGUUUUUGUGGUUGGAGCAAUGUACUUCAUCUGCCAGAGGGUGUUAUGCCCACGCAUGAAGGGGGAUGGGGAAACAAUGACCAAUGAUUAUGUGGUGCAUGGACCAGCCUCUGUACCUCUUGGUUAUGUGCCUCACCCGAGCUCUUUGUCAGGAUCUCUUCCUGGGAUGUCUCGAGGUAAAUCUGUGAUCAGCUCCCUCAGCAUUAUGGGGGGGAGCAGCGGGCCACCCUAUGACAGGGCCCAUGUCACUGGAGCCUCUUCCAGUAGUUCUUCAAGUACCAAAGGCACUUACUUUCCUCCAAUUUUGAACCCACCACCUUCACCAGCUACUGAACGUUCACAUUAUACCAUGGAAUUUGGUUAUUCUUCAAACAGCCCAUCCACUCAUAGAUCCUACAGCUACAGGCCUUACAGCUACCGGCAUUUUGCACCUCCCACGACCCCCUGCAGCACAGAUGUCUGCGACAGUGACUAUGCCCCCAGCCGAAGGGUGACGACAGCAACAGCCAAGGGCUACACCAGUGACUUGAACUAUGAUUCAGAGCCUGUCCCUCCGCCUCCGACUCCGCGCAGCCAGUACCUGUCGGCAGAGGAGAACUAUGAGAGCUGCCCACCCUCCCCGUACACGGAGCGGAGCUACUCGCACCAUCUCUACCCACCGCCGCCAUCCCCCUGCACGGACUCCUCAUGAGGGGCAGCCCCCCUCUCCGUUAUCCGCCUCCGUCGUGAAAGUGUAAAUACAAAAUGUUCUGCUGGGGAGGGGGGAGGGAGCUCUCGGUGAGGGAUGAGGUAGGACAGUGUACAGUUAAAUGUUAUUAAGUGGGGUGGAGGAAUCCUGGAGAUAUUUGUACAGAAGAGAGAAAAAAAAGGAUAUUUAUAUAUUUUCUUAAACAGCAACUGCUGCUUGUGCCAUAAGAAGAAGAAUUUUUGUAUAAAAGAACCCAGACAUUUGUACAAAAAGUUUUUAUUUUUGCAAACGGAACUCAAAAACAUGCCUUAAUCCAGUGAAGUGACUGAGCACAUAAGGAAAUGGAAGAACCAGGAUGUGUCACUUGUCCAGUGAGGUGAGAUGUUGUGGGGUUUGUCAAUACCAAAUAUGUUUAAAGUAAUGAAUAAUAAAGAAGUCCAUCUCAGAGCAGCAUACCAUAGAUACUUGGAAGUAGCCAAAUAACCUCUAUAUUAACUACAGAGGGCCAGCAACUAAAGUUAAACUUGAAAGCGCAGUCAGGACAGAUAUUAACCUUACAUAAAGGGCUUUGUUUUCUACAGGAAUACAGCAAUCGUAGCAGUGAAUCCAGAAAAAUAAUCACAUUUUUUUUUUUUUUAAAGAAGACACCUCUGUUUUUCUUAAUGCAUUUACCAAACUAGAGCAUUUAGAGCUCUCUCCUUGCUUCUAGAAUUUCAGUGAUUUUGGUUGGGUAUAUUUUAAAGUGUGUUUUCUUAACACUGUUUAGCUUUUCUCAUCUCUUCUGCAUCCUUUCUUCCUUCCUAUGUCACUUAAAUCAUAUAAUCCUAAUUUAAAAUACUGCUAGAAUUGGGCUGCUGUAAAUUCUUUUUUUCCCCUCCUAAUUAGCCUUGUCACGCAGUGAGUGUCAUGCUAUACAUUACUUCAUUCAUUUUGCCAACACAGUAGGAUUCUGUUUUGUACCGGAUAAGUGUGAUUUUCAUGUAAUUGACAAGGGUAAUAUGCAUAUACCUGAAUGAUUUUUAGUCCCUUAAAAAGAAAAACUUAUUUUGACCUAGUGCCCACAAAAUGUCAAAUAUUUUUAUACCACAUAUAAUAUAGACAGCAUAUUUAUAAACUAUAAAUUUAUCCAUGGAUUGUUAGUUUUACUGUAAAUGAAUAAUAUAUCCUUGCAGUACUUUCAGUGUGUAUUGAUACCACCGAAUCCAAAUCAUAUAUAUAAAUAUAUAUAUAUUAUUUUUUUUCCUAGUAAGGAAGCAUUUAACUUUCAGUGGAGCAACUGUCCAUUAAGAAAUAGAAGUUUUGAUCAUUGGAAGGUGUUCUCUUGCUGUAUUAACUGCUCAUGAUUUGUGUUAGGUAAAACCAAUUUUCUCAGUAUGAUUUUGACAUACCUCCUCUUUUUGCGUGGUGUGAGUUUAAUACUUUAGUAUUAACCGCUGUGAAUGUCAGAUUUAAGAUAUUCUUAACCAAACCAUUUUAUAUUCACAUCUCUAUUUUUGUAUAUUAUCUUAUUUAGCCCCUUCUCCCUUUAGUCUCACAGUGGUGAUUUCAAAAGGGAGAGUAUAUAAUCAACUGAAAACAUUAUUUGUGUAGGUUGAGGGACAACCUAGGAUGUUAUUAACUCCUCUUUGACUCCAGUGCAGUGUUCUGAAUUUGCUUUGACUGUAGCAGAGCUCACAGUACACCUGAUUCUAGAUGGCAUUAUGCAUUUGCACCUUCUGUUGAUAUUAAAUCCAUGUUGAAGGUGCUCAAUGCCUUCAAAGGUUGGACCUCUGAAUCUUCUCUCUCAAAACAAAAGCUUUUGCAUUCUUAGCCUUUGGGCAUAGUAUGGAUGAAAUAACUGUGCAGAGGUGCCAUUUGGCCUUCAUUGUUCUCUGUUUGUUUCCCAUCCAGUUUCAACUAAGCAAAAUAAUCUGAAAUGUGGCAUGGGCUUUAAUUCAUAGUGUUGACAGAAUUAGUGACAAAUAAUUCUUGCUAGUGCUGCCGAUCUUCUUGCGUACUGGAGCCUUGUUUGUUUUAGCUCCAAGGAAAACCAUGGCAUUUGAAAUCCCAGCUAUAAUAAAGAGUCUUUCUCAUAGUCAAAGAUACCUGAGAAAACUUUAAAAAGCCUGGAUGGACUACAGGCUACUACAGUUUAUUUCUGGAUCUGGUGCGCUGAAAAUUUGCCCAGCUUCAUUCUAGGUAUCUAGGAAUUGUGGUAGCUGUUCUUCUGGCUCUUCCUUGUUGGUGAAGAAGCUUGUUUGUGUUCUCCAGCAGGAUGGAUGUUGAGGGUCUUUUGAACUAUAAGGGAACUCGAAACCAUUUAUAUGAAGGGGGGGGAGGGUGGGUGUGUUGGGGUGGGGGGAGUUGAGGCUGGCAUGCCCAUGAGAAUAGAAACUUCUCUGUUGUUUACAUUUUUUCAUGUGCAGCAUUCCGUGUGGGGUUCACAUGUGGAAACUUGCACUAAUGAACUCAGAAGAAUAUUGCAUUGUUAUAUCUCAGUCCAAGUGCUUGUACUGCGAUGGCAAUGGUCUCUUCUUGCAAAAUACUUUUUCAGUGUGCCAAUUUCUGUUUGAAAAACUCUCGAGGUGGUUAAGCUUAAGGAGUGGUAUCCUCUUUCUGGGGCAAUUGCACUGUUUCACUGAAUGUUCCUUUUUGUAAUUGUGUAAUUUAGUGUAGAAUUUGAUCAAGUCUUUUAGAUAAGUACAUCUCACUUUGUGCAUCAGAUAUUUUGAGUGAUCUGCCUCUGGGAGGCUCAUGUGAAGAGCGAGAAAGUGGACAGAGUAAUUUUUUUUUUUCCACUGAAGAUGACCAGCAUAAGGAACAGGCUGUUCUUUGUCUGGAUUAACCAAAGAAUUUAUUUAGUGGGAAGCUGUGUUCUGCCUUUGCAUGUACCUGUACUUUCCCAGUAAAUCUAGAGUAAAAUUCAGAACAAAUUCUUGAUCUGUGAAGUUCCUCUUAAGCAGGCAUCCAAACUGUAAAAGCAUUGAUGCAAAAACUAGUAUGUGCACCUGACACAAUCUCAGUGGAUGAACCAUAUACUGCUUGAACAUUGAGACCAAACAAUUCUCUCAGUUCAUCUCUGCUGCUGAACCAGUCGUGAUUUAUACUCUAUCAUUCCCUCAGUCAGGAUUGUGCUUUCUGCUGCUUCUCAAAUUGACUGAACUGUAGGUAAAACACACGUUUUAGGACUGUAGGUAACACACAUCAAUUCAGGAGACAGCUGAAGUGGAUGUGUAGCAUUAACAUUAAAGUGGUCACAUUGAUCUCAAUGAAACUGUUCAUAGACUUUAAGCUAUGCAUAAUUGUCCUUAUCUUACAGCAUCAGACAUAUAUAAAUUAGGGGUAUUUAACAUAACUCUAUUAAAUGUGCAGUUUUUUUCCUCUAGACACCUAGAAAGUGUUCAUAGCUGAAUGCCUGGGCAUGGAAAUAGCUGACAUACUCAAUCAGGAAAGGGACAGUCCUUUCUAGUUUAAAAAAAAUAAGUGGACAGUAAAGUUCAUUGAAAAUUAGUCUGUGAAUGUUCAGCAGGAGCUUUUCAUGUUUAAAUGGCAACAUGAUACCCAAUUGCCUUUUAAAAUUAUACCUGCCACAUCAUACUGCCUGCAUUUCAGACCUUCCUAUGGAACAUUCAUUGUUUUUCCACAGCUUUUGGAUACUAAGAUAUUUAUGGAAAAAAAACUUAGGGUAAAUGGAACAUGCAUACAUAUAACUUUUGCAUUUGAAAUAACGAAUGGUUUCCAUGAAUAUAAAUUCAUGCAAUCUAUGCAUGCAUUAAAUGGAAUAUUUACAAUAAUGUAAAACAUGCAAAUGAGCCAGUUUAUAUCAAAGGAUUCAUUUUGCUGUGAGUUGUAACUUUCAGUAUUGUAAAUUCCAGUAUACCACAAUAACAUUUCUCCCAUGUGCAUGUAUUUAUGUACAAGUAUAUGUAUGCAGGUACACAUAUCUUUGGUGAUGUGAAUUUACCCAAAGUUAAUAAUUUUCUUGUGCAUGCAUGCACAUUCAUACACCCACAUUGGCAGAUUUGGCCUUGCUGCCUUUCAAGGUGCUAAUACUGUCAUACUGUCUCAGGCAAGCUGGACUUCUUUUGUCUAGUUUGUAGAACAGACAGCAGACUACUUGCUACUUUAAAUCUAAAUAAUUAAUGCUCUGUCAUGCUGGAUAGGAGAGAAAGCACAUUUUUUAUACUGCUCUAUUUUGGAGUCCAUUUUGGAGAUAAGUAAAACUUUUAUGCUUUCUGUAAAUACAUAAAAAUCAAUCUGUUGUAGUAAUUAUGGAGAAAAAUGCACCCAAACUGCUUGACAUGGCAGGUGCUACAAUCCACUGCAAGUGAAGGAGCAUUCAGAAAAUCCCUAUUUAUUGCAUUAAUGGGCUUUGGCAGAGUUCUGAUCUCCGGUUUGUGCAUUGCUUCUCUGUCUGAUUCUCUAGAAAUGGUUUGAUUUAUGAGUCUUAAACAUAGAUUCAUUCAUUUUACUUUGAAACAGUUACACCUGUCUUAAGAUAAAGAAAAGGCCAAUGUAUUAUUUCCAUUCUUUACUGCUUGGGAAAUCUCCUUGAAAUUGAUUGCCACCAUUCUAGAGGGAAUGACUUGAACUACAGAGCUCCCUGGUCAAUCCCUGGUCACGCAUGCUGCUGAACCAAAUGACUUCAAGAUAUCUCUAAAACCUUGUCAAUCACUCUUUUCCUGACACAUUUGUCUUGAGCAUUCUUGUCACACAGCAUUGCUAUGGACAGAAUCUGCCCUUGAAUGUGUACUGUACAUGUAGCAGAUCAUUGUUUAUACAACAAAAAAUAGAUGGCUCAUUGGGUGCAAAAAAUAAUUUGAAUGUUAUUCAGAAAUUGAUUUCCUAGCCAUGCUUUUAAAAUUGCAUUGUGAUGGGGUUAUUGCUUGAAAGUUAAUUGGCAGGUGACAAAUACACCUCAAAAAUAAGUUAGGAAUGACCUAACAGCUUUAAAAUUCAUACAAAACAUUCCAUUUCUUUCUAAAAGAAGUAAAAUAAAAUACUGUACUGAUCCAAAUGAGCAGUUUUCUUUCCUUUUCCUUUUUAAAAAGGCAGAUCAAUGUUUGAUGCUAUCCUAGCGUUUACAGGGACUGGGUGAUCCACUCCAAAACUAUGCAGAGCAAAGUAAACUGUCUGUAUUAGAUUCAGGCCAGAGAUUGUCUUAAUAGCAUGCGCGAUUGUUAUGAUGAAACUAUUGGAGAGCAGUCUUGUUCCCCUCUUUUCAGUGAACAAGGAGCAGCUAUGAAGUCCUGAUAAAAAUGGCUGUAGCCUUAAGCCAGGCAGUUAAGAGUCAGCCAGGGAAAAUGAAAGUGUCUUUUUGUAAAGAGGAUACCACCAGGCUUAAGCUGAACUAGCCUUGUUUGCAAGUGAAGGAUCUGGUGCUGCUUUCAGAUUUUUAAUCUUGUUUUUGUUUUGUUUGUUCUUUUUUGUAAGCUUUAAUCACUGUUUGUCAUUGUCUUAAAGCCAGCUGGUGUCUCUUGUUCAUCAACUUUGGUAUGAUGGUGCUUUGCAAGGAUGUAUUUAUAUUAUAAUGACCAACAUUUGGUCAGCCCUAUUCACUCAUUCACUAACUUUUUUUUUUGUAAAAUAAAGUGCUUUACUUGUAAGGUGUAUAUAAACCUUGUACAAAAAUCCUUUCCAAUUAUUACUAUAAACUGAGUUGUAACAAAUGAAAUGUUGAUUUUUAUAAUAAAAC